AAGCCUACCACCACUCCGUGUAUUUCCUAGUACAUGCGCGCCAAUUACUCGAUACAUAUUAAUUAAACGAAAAGGAGGAGAAGGAGAAGGAGGAGGAAAAGGAGGAGGAGGAGGAGGAUGGCUGUUCGUCGUCACGAAGCAAUUCCGUAUGGAUAAUGAGCGGUAGGAUUCCGCUUACCGGUUGUUGAGAAUGCCUACGGCUCGUGCUCGUGUGCUUUUGCUUUUGCUCUUGUGCAUUUGCUCCUCCUAUUCGUCUAUCUUAGUUUCUCUUCAGUGAUGCAAUGCAGAAACUUCGUGAAACUUGAGGAGGACAUAAGGGAAGAAGAAGAAGAAGAAGAAGAAGAAGUAGAAAACCGGCAUGUCAGUCCGCAAGAAACGUUCACUCACUUUCAACCGGUGUAACGACCUCGCAAAACGUAACUCGUCUGCUAAAGAAACCGCAGUGGACGCACGUGUUCUCUUUUUUCGUUCUCUUUCUCUUUUAUUUUCCUUAAAACCCACCAUAAAGUAAUGUAACUAAGAGAACCCAUAUACUUAUAUGGAUAUAUACGCUCUAACACUCGUAAAAACAUGCGAACCGGUGGCUGAAAUGCGAGAAUGCAGAGCACCGAGGGAUUGGUCUCUCCUAGCCCUUCAAAAUACUCGAACGGGAAAAUCUCAUUAUUUGGUGAUAUGCCGAUGUCCAGAUUCAAAUAUACUUGAGGGCCCGAUGAGCCACGAUCAACCAACUUAUGCCAGUGUACCAGGAAUUCGCGUAUAUGGAAUGAUGUGCGUACAAGGAAAUAGAAGAGGCCGACCAUUAAGACAUAUACGUAGUCUUAUGGGUUUCAACAACAAUUUGGAAGAAAAUACCGAACAAUUUUUAUUCGGCGAUGAUGAUAAGCCAGAAUUUCCAUGGGAUAAGGUUGAUCAGUUAAUGAAGACGGCAGUUUGGGAGUGAUUUUCUUCAAUUUCAAUUUUUUACAUUAGCUAUUUAUCUCUAUUUGGAACUUUUAAUUUUAUUCUCUUUCACAAACGAACCCCUCUACUACCUUUCUCUUUCCAAUUCUUUCCUUUAUGCAUAUGUUUUCUUUUUUUCUUUUCUUUUCUAUUUUUUUUUUUUUUUUUUUUUUAACCAAACCAUCCAUAUACACCGCUUCAUAUUUCAUCUCUUUAUUUAUUACGAUAUCAUCCUUUCUCGCGUUUAUACUUUAGCAUGCAUAUACUCGUAUAUUUAUAUUAUUCAUUAAGUUAAAACACCGAGAGGGCUCGAAAUUAUUGGCACAAAAUGAAUUAGAAAGAAAGAAAAAAAGAACAAAAAAAAACAAAAAAUACAGAUCGUAGAUUUUCAUUAUAUUUUCCUUUAUCAUCGUUGUACGUCUCGAUAAAGAGGAUUCAAAUCGACGAUUCGAAAUUUUUAUUGUUUGUCCCAGAAGGUAGAUCUUAAGAAUGCAUGUAAUACGUGAAAGUGUAUACUUACGUAUAUGUAAGUUAUGCUUACACGAUCGAAAAUAUAACGAUUAAUUAUGAGAUAUAUAUAAGUAUAUACAUAGAUUUUUAAACGAAUAGCUUUUUAAUACUAUGCUA